AUGGCCGGUCGCUAUGUUCCACCCGCCCUUCGUGCGAAAGCUCAGAGCCGUGAAGAUGUGGAUACUUCCAGCGCCGACAACAGCAACAGAUCCACGACCACCAUGUCCAGUUCCCCGGGCCUUCGCGGUGGUAAAAGCAUCUACAGUUCCAGCGAUACGACCUCUCCAUGUCUCCGCGGUGGUGACCACAGCACUCGAUCACUGCCUAGGAACUCUGACUGGACUUCGAAAGAUGAGCUUUAUUCACCCAGAGAAAUCCAACAUUACUUCUGGCCAGAAGAGGACCAGGGGAACGGAGUCGGAAACAGACAAAGUAAGACACUUCACGAUUCUGCUGCCACACCUGGGGCUCUUGCCUACGUGUUGCUCUUCACAGACGCGAACCCACGUUGGGAGAUCGAUGGUAUCAUCUAUACCAAGUCAAGCUUGGAAUUGCUGCCUCAACAGCCGGCCAACAGGACGGAAGACCCUGCAGCUUCAUCUUCGGGACCUGAGGUCGAUCUUGGCGAUAGCACCGCUCCUGUACCCGCACAAAUGCCGAACGUGAGUCCCAGUGAGGCGGAGACACCAGAAUCGGUCAAGGAUAACCAUACCUCCACUGCCACUGGUGCUUCAGACUUCGCCUCCAAAGCAGGGGUAAAUGAGAAGCAUCCCAUUGCUGUCUUUUCUCAGGUUCGUCGUGCACCUUACGACGUCCGCACAUUCAGAUUUGCGGGCUACUUCAGCAUCGCCAAACUUCAAAUGCUUCGACCUCAUUCGCCCGAGCUCCUGAGGAUGCUGGAACAGAAAUGGACACUCACAAAUCCUCGCACAGGUCAAGUCCGGCAUAGGCAGAGAGAUGCCAAAGGGUGGGAGGAAAGUCUCAAGUUGCCAUGGGCUGUGAUCAAAUUCCAGAAAGAUGACAAUGCAAACGCUACGCGUGGCAAGCCACAAAUUGGGAGACUCGAGGAUGUUGAGGGAGACAAUGUCGGUGGCGGGAAGGAGAGAAAAGGCGUCAACGAGAUGCUGAGAGAAUUGAGGAUGAAGGACAGUGGUGCCACAGAUGAGAUUCAGCAGGCGAACGUCGAGAUGGACAAGGACCCAGCGGACGAAGUCGCCACGAGCCAACAGAAACAGAAGCUAAAUCUGGAUUCACAGUCUCAAACUGAGACUUGA